UUGAAUAAAAAACACUUAUAGCAAAUGAACCCUUUGGAUGGUAGCUAUGAAGGUUCGAGGUCUCAUUUUCGUUAUACCUUGUUUCUUCUUUUGUGGAAAUUGGGCAAAAGAUUCCAAACCGAGAGCGAUCAAGUUCACUGAGCCAUGUUUUGCUGAGGAACAAUUUCUUCACUUGUGUACGGAUCCCACAGAAUCUUGUCACGAGGAACGUGCGGAUGAAAUCAAAUUGCUGCGUUUGGACGGAGUGAAGACAGGUCAUGAGAGAUGGGUGGAAUUGGAGGAAGGGAUCAAAUACAAAAUGAUCACUAGAGCCAUGAAGCCUUUGCUUUUUGAGAUUCCUCGUUUCCUGUCGGAUGAAGAAUGUGAGCAUAUCAUUUCACUGGCAAAGGAAAGCGGUCUUGUCAUGAGUAUAGCUGGCUUUGAUGUUGCCGCUUACGAGGGAGACUUGGACGAAGAUAUGAGAGAAGCCGAUGGAAACUGGACACUUGAUCACAACGAACGAUUUGCCAAAGCAUUUAAUGUAUGGGAUGCCGAUAAUGAUGGAUUCAUCGAUGCAAACGAGGUGCGGCAUUUCGCCCAAAAACGUAAACUUCUAUUCAUGAGAGAGGAUGAAGUUCCGACAAUGUUUAAACGCAUUGGAUUGUCGGAAAGUUUAACAAAUGGUAAAAUGAGUCGAGCAGCGUUUGCAAAGACCAACAUAAAGAAACUCUUAUGGUACAUGGAUUUCUUGAAAGAAAAAAGUCCUCGCCACAGACCUCGUUACAGCCAGCAGGCCUGGUUACGACAAGACAGGAACGCCGACCCUAUACUAAGGCGCCUGCUCGCGAGAAUUCAGAAGUUAACCCAGCUACCUCGAAAAGUGAUUCAAGCGGGCGAGUGGAUGCAGAUUCGUUACCAUUCUCUAUUACCUUAAUGACGUAGAGGAAGGAGGAGAAACAGCUUUUCUGAUAGCAGACAAUUCCACAAUAAAACCAGAGGACCUGGAGAGUGACAACACUACCACGGACGAAUUUAACUUGAGCGUCAACUGCCACAUGGCAAACCUUGUCAUCCCUCCCAAGAAAGGUACCGCCAUAAUGUGGUACAACAAUUUUAUUGAUCCGGAGAGCGGUAUGUUAGGACCUGUGGAUCGUUAUUCACUGCAUGGCGGCUGUGACGUCAUUAAAGGAGAGAAAUGGAUUGCCAACAACUGGCUAACAGCGCCGAACAAGAACUCAAAACACAUCAGGAGUAUCUACGAUGCAGAAUUUUAGGAUUAGACUGACCUGGUGUAAAAUAGCUUAGUAGGAUCUCUCCUUUGAAAUAUCGCUUUACCGGCAGAACAAAUUCUAAGCGGUUCAUAAAUAAGCAACUUUUCAUCCAAUUGACAAAUGCACCUUUCGAUGAAAAAGCGAAUAGAAGCUUGACGAGGACAAAUAUCACGGAGUACUUUCUGGAGUAAAAUGUCUUCUUUUUAAUUCAUUACAAAACUUCCUUUCAUUCGAAAACGUCCUCAUUGAACGGUUUAUUUGCAACACGUUUCACUCGCUAUUUAAUAACUGGCAUGUACUUUUUCCGAUUUUUUUUUCGAUGGUGGGGAGUGGAAGAGGAUAAAACCGGUCAGGAAAAACUUUAUGAAAUAAAUA